CGUCGCCGACAAAGAGUCGAGUCCAAACGCCGGAUCGUUGGCAAACGUCCCAGCGCUCAUGCUAACAGGCAGCCCAACCUAGCAGAACACAGGAAACGCACUAAAAAAAAGGUCUUUAAAAGGACUACAACUUAGCUGAAAUAAAUAUUCAACACAGCGGAAGAGGACGCCAUCGUAGCCCCGCUGUUGUGGAGGCGGCGGCGGCCUGCAGGAGCGCCAAACGGCGCAGUGUUUGUUGUUGGUGGCGGCGGCGGCCAUCUUAGCUCCCCCGCGGCCUGCCUGCCUCACAUGACCCGCGUGUUUGUCCCCGUGAUCACAGCCUCCUUCCCCGCGAUCACAGCCUCCUUCCCCGCCGACCUGGGCCGCUGACGUCGCUCCUUCCCACCGAGAGAGUCUUCAUGGAUCUGCUGGAGCAGAGAGUGGACAGCUCGGCCAGUCACAACAAACGGGAAAACGACGAGGUGGUGCAGUUACAGGAAGGAGAAGCAGAGGAGCAGACAGGUGUUCCACAGCCUUCUUUCAGCGACCACAAUGUCCAGUACCAGUUCCGCACAGAAAAUAGCAGCGGACAGGUGACGUAUCGCGUAGUUCAGUUGGCGGACGACAGCGUUGACGCGUCAGCCGACGGCACCGGGGCCGUUAGCGUCGUCUCUACCGCCGCCUUUGCAGGAGCGCCACAAACUGUGACACAGGCUGUAAUUCAGAACCCUUUCAGCAACGGCGGAAGUCCUGUGGGUGAGACGGUCGGAGGGGAGACGCGCUUCGCCUACUUCCCCGCCGCCGCUGUCAGCGACGGAACAUCCACGGCGGUGUCGGUGCAGACCAGCGCUGACCCCAGCAUCACACAGGGGGGAGGUCAGUUUUACGUCAUGAUGACCCCACCUGAGGUUCUGCAGUCGGCGGCCCAACGUUCAUUGGCCCCACGCGGACACGCUUUCCCGCCAGACCUUGAUGAAAGCGAGAUGUUGCAGCAUGGCAGCACAAACUGGAAGGUGGAAGGUCCAAGGCCACCUCGCGAUGAAAGGAGGCGAGCGCAGCACAAUGAGGUGGAAAGAAGAAGAAGAGACAAGAUCAACAACUGGAUUGUCAUGUUGUCCAAAAUCAUCCCCGACUGCAACAUUGACAGUAGAACAGGCGCAAGUAAAGGAGGCAUCCUGUCCAAAGCUUGUGAUUAUAUCCGAGAGCUGCGUCAGAACAACCAGCGACUGCAGGACAGCUACAAAGAAGCAGAGAGAAUCGAGCUGGACAAUGAACUACUAAGACAACAGUUGGAGGAGCUGAAGAGCGACAACGCCCUGCUCCGAGCGCAGCUUCAGCAGCACGGCGUCGAAGUCAACGGAAACGCAACACCUCAGUGAUAACCAAACUUGUUCCCACUCACCUGAACAAUACCAGGAAAGGAAUAUCUGGGCCACAAAGUGAGCCUCAGGAAGAACCACUGACAGACUUGUCACGUCUUCUUCUAUACGCUGCUGGCUGACAUGAAGUGAGUCGCCUCACCGAGCCUCUCAAAGACCUCAGUACUUGCAAAAGGCUUGUUUUUACUGUAACCACUCCUCCAUACCCCUUUUUUGUGGCUACCAAAUCAUGCUACAUGGCUACUCUAUUAUUUUGUAUUUUAUUUAUAAACCUAGUCCAAAGUUAGCACAUUUGAAAGCAAGGAUUCAAAGAGUAAACCCUUCUGAUACUGUUUUUAUUUUAGUACAAUACUUAAAUAGGGUGAAUAUUGGUGUAAACCUAGCUCAGGUAUAAGGGUAGUGCACUAGGAACUGGUUCCCAGAUUUUACAAAUAGAUAUUAUAUAUUGUUGGGUUAUUUUCUAUUUCCUUUUCCAAGUGCAAGGGAUAAGUAGUGAAUCAGUUAAAUGGGCAUUACAUUGUAGCUUUUUGUUGUUGUUUUUUUUAGGACAUUUUAGGUUAAUGGAUCCUGAUAUUUUUUUGGUCUGUGUUGCUUUUUAUCCCCUCCCCGAAUGUGGAACAAUGUUGGGACCUUUGCAGUUAACUUAAGGCAAUAAACAAUGAGCAUGGA